UCUCGGGACUGUUGUCUGUUGCGGGCUCUGACACGCGGUAAAGUUGGGCUUCCUUUUUGUGCAGCAAACAGUGGAAUGAACCUGUUUUUCUCACAUUCUCUGGUGGCGGGGCAUUGAGAGCGUGGGAUUUGGCAUUCGCGGUUACCAGAGCAGGCGGUCCAGAAAGUUUGUUCGCUUCCUGUUUUCCGGCCUGCUCUGGCCAGGUAAUCCCGCCCUGCACACCUUUCCUUCCACCUUGGUUCAUUUCUAACGCUAGGAUCCUGUUGGCCAGCGGAGGAAGAAAGGCGCAACCAUACUUUAUGAGCAUUCCAGAAGAUCUCUUUCACCACUUGCCCAGCUUAAGUGCGAGGUCAAAUGUUAAUCAAAGCAAAAUGGCUUUGAUUGACAUUUGAAAUUUUUCAUGAGGUUUGGAGAUUCAGGGAUGUGUUAAAAUGACAUCUUCGCAUAAAUUUACCACAGAGUAAAUCUUGCAAUGUGUAAUUCGUCACAUAAAUGCCACAGCAGGUCCAUUUAUCGAGCAGGAGGUAGUAGAUGCAUUCGUCAAGGUCGAUUCUUCAAACCCCGCUUAGUGCUAAUUCUGUAGCACACCUCUUUGUUUCCAAGAAAUUUGUUCUCUGGUGUUUUGUUGGUACGUUAUUUGUGCUAAACAAAUACGUUUUGUUUUACUUGAUGCUGGGUGUUACACAAAUGAUUUCACUUUGGUUGCUUUGGUGUCAUAGCACAAGGAAGACCUUGUCUUCUGCGCACUUUGGGGAUUCCACAUGUAAACACUCCGCUGGCACCGAAAUGUAGUUAGUUCUCAGUCUCUGGAAAACCAGCGUAGGCCUCUUUUAUAGUAACUCCUUUGCCUUGUGCUAAUUACCUUACAAUGUUACAAAAAGUCAAGUUACCAUUUUAAUUAUUUCCUAUUUAUUGUUUCUUAACUGUUAUCUCCAAAGAACCACUAAGGUCAGGAAUGUGAAAUGCUUGAGUGGGUGUCCCUUGGGCAUGCCACAAAGAAUGAGUAAGCACGACUUUUCUUUGAAAUCUCAUUUUUUUUUAAAAAGGGUCUUUUUGCAUUUUACUCUGUGAUCCACCUGUUUAAUGUGAAAGUAAUUUUCUCUCAUCCAAAAAGAAAACAAACUUUGAAUAAAAUUGUUUGAAAAUCCAUGUUUUGUAUAUUCUGUUGCUUCUGGAAUGCCCCUGGUACCCUGUCUCAUUACCCCAGGAAAAUCUCAGCUGCUGUUUGUGAAGAAGUGAAGCAGGAGUUCCAGCCCCACCGGGGUUACCCCUUUGACAACUGGUAUGAGGAACAACAGCACAACUGUUAUCCUCUUCCCGGCUACAGCUGUGGUUUUGCAGUGAAUGGAAAUGAACACAACCUUUCUUCAUGUGGGACUUCUGGACACCCAACUGAAACUUCAGUUAUGCCUGAGGAAGCCACAGCUCUGGUGGAAAACCAAGAUGAAGACCUACUAGAAGAUCCCAAUCUUCAUUUGAAUAUUGAGGAAUUAAACAAAGAGUUUAUGGUGAAAAGUGAAGAACUCUACGACUCUCUCAUGAAUUGCCGCUGGCAGCCCCUGGAUACAGUUCACUCUAAAAUCCCAGAUGAGUCCUCACAGAAGCCAGAUGUUCAUUAAGUUACCCAAUUACCAUAUUGUAUCCUAUUUUGGUUUUGUUUUUCAAAAAAUUUCUCCCAGGAAUACACUGGGUUCUGUAUGUAAACACAAAUAUCUAGAACUUAAAUAUGAUUGAAAUGAUAGAACAUAAUGUAAAUAAACUUUAUCAGCACACCCAUUUCCAGAAGUGUGUUAUCUUAGAUAAGUGCCAGAAGCUGCACUGUAAGACAUUUGAAAAUAGAGUUAAUAUGAGAUGGGGCUGACCUGAACUGAUCAUGGCCUUACCUACUCUGAUGUGAUUUGCUCCUUUCCUCUAAUGUUAAAUGUUCAUGGAGAGAAAUCCUAUGCACAGAGAUUCAAGGUUUCUUGUGUAGGAAAUAUAGUUAGAACUUGAUGUAUGACCUCUAUCUCCUGACCCACGAGCUCUCUCAUGGCAGAACUGGACAGCAGAAAACAGUGGAGACUUGCUUAUCUCAUUUGAACAGAAAAAUUCCUAUGCAUGGAAAAUGUUUGCCUAUCUGCCUUCUUAGAAAGGAAUUGGGCCCCCAUAAAAGCCAGUUCUGAAAUGUCAAUGCAUGUAUUGACUAUGCCCUUAUAAAACAUGGUCUUUUUUUUUGGUUCUGAAGAUAAACAUGGUCCUAUUUAUUAUUUUGUCAGAGAUAGAUACUUGAGUAAUAGCCCUGGGGCUCAUCUGAAUAACUUGAAGGCCUGAAGACUUGUUGCUUAAAGAGUUAAUCAGACUCUCUCCUGCUCUGUGAGUGGUUAAGACAUACUAAUCCUUGUCCCAACUAGGUUCAAAGAGCCAAAUCCAAUAUUGAGAGCCAGGUGGUUGCAGCCCCUCUAAAGGAGCUUACAGUGCCUUGUAGCAUAGGACAGAGUUUCUCAGUUGUGGCAUUACUGAAAUUUUGGGCCAGACACUUCUUUGUUGUGGGGCUGUCUAUGCAUUGUCCCGACCUCUACCAUUAUGUGCCAGUAGCACUCCAUACUCCAGAUGUGACAACCAAAAUGUUUCUAGACAUUGCCAAAUGUCCCCU